ACUAGAGGCAUCACGUCCCGUCAAUCUCUUGCAACGUUGGUCUGCUCUGUGACGAUAUUGCUUCAAUUCCCCGUUGAGUCUGAGUAUUGCCAGCAGCUGCUCCUUUUCCCCCUCACAAACUCCAAGCCAUGGCGUCCGAAUCCAGGCUCUACAACAUCUCCGGCGAGACCAAGGAGCACUUGCGCAAGUUUCGCCUGACGACAUCCCGGGCGAGCAAGCCUCAAGCAGUGAUAUACCUGAUUGAUAAGACGACGCACGAAAUCCACCAGGAUGCAGACAAGGUUAUAUACACGUCCCUCGACGAGAUCGCCGACGACCUCCCCGACCAUGCCCCUCGAUUCAUCCUCCUCAGCUAUCCCUUGACCAUGCCUGACGGACGGCUAUCCGUGCCCUACGUUCUGCUGUACUACCUCCCCAUCACAUGCAACGCCGAGACAAGAAUGCUCUACGCCGGCGCCAAGGAGCUGAUACGCAACACGGCCGAGGUGAACAAGGUCAUUGAUAUAGAGUCAACGGAGGACCUGGAGGACAUCCCUGGGCAGCUAGCCUCAUAGAAAUACCAAUAAAAGAGAACGGGGACUCUCGCUUUUGCUAUGCCUG